CCUCUACGCCGAACGCAAGCGAACGACUCCACCCACUGUCCACGCGCACGGAAGCAAGAGCACAGAAAAUCCCAAACCCCCAACGGCCAUGUCUCCCCAACCCCGCCUCCUCCUCCUCCUCCUCGCCGCCGCCGCCGCCGCCGUCGCGGCGGCGGAGGCUGGCGGCGCGUCGCCCAACGGCGCGGCGAACGACGUCCUCGCCAAGUACGGCCUCCCGCCGGGCCUCAUCCCGGACUCCGUCGCCUCCUACACCUUAGACAAGGCCACGGGCCACUUCGAGAUCCACCUCGCGAGCACUUGCUACGUUCACUUCGGCUCCCACCUCGUCUACUACGAGAAGACCAUCACCGGCACCCUCUCCAAGGGCGCCAUCUCCGACCUUUCCGGCGUCCAGGCCAAGAAGCUCUUCCUCUGGGUCUACGUCACCGGCAUGGUCGCGCACCCCGACAAGGGCACCAUCGAGUUCCAGGCCGGGUUCGUCUCCGAGUCGCUGUCGGCGUCGUUGUUCGAUGAGGUGCCCACCUGUGGCGCUGGCGUCGGCGCGCAGCUGCGCGGCGCGGCGGGGGUGAUCGGGGAGCUUGGGCUGCUCCCCGUUGCGGAGGUUCACUCGGGUUUUGGCAUCUAAUGUACCAAUAUUCGGUGGUUUUGGUGCUUUUCUCAAUUAUGAUGUUUCACAGCUUUUCCUAUAUUUCAGAGAAAAAAAAAAUCAUGUAUGUAAAUCUGUCCCGAUUUGUUUAUUUUAGAUUAAGACAAGAAACCUUGAAUGACUUGGGCAGUAGUUUUAGGUUUCUAAUGUUCUUACUCACUUGUGCAUUAUUCUAUAUAACUAAAUGAACACUUUGAUUUGAUAAGAGUGCAAACAUAUGGUGCUGCAAAUGUGACCAUGUAGUUUUGUUGAGCCAUUUUGAUUGUUGGAUUUGAGUUGCUUGUUAUUUAUAUCUCCAUGUGUGGUAGAAAUGAACGGUAUGAUGUAGAAUUCAAUUUGACAUAUUCUAUGCAAAAUGAGUAGUGGUUUUAAUUUGGAAAUUCAAUUCUUUGCAGUGAAUUGCAUUCAAUUCUUAGAGAAAGGUCAUACAUACUCAUACCUUCACUAUCUUGUGCUUUGGUGAAGCUGACACUCCAUCUCAGUAUAGCAUGUACCAUCUUGAAAGACUAUGUUUACAUUUAGUAUUUUGUGCUCGCAGAAACUGUUGGUUUGUUUCUCUUGUUGUAUGUCUUAUACUCUUAUUGUUAUGUAAAAGACAAAUGGGUAUGCCACAUGAUUCCUUCAGUGGGACUAAGUAGGAAACAUUUUUUUUCCCUGCCAUAGUAGCGACUAUUCUUAAGGUGGGUCUAGGAAGUCUUAGAAUUCCUUGGUUUAGCCCCUUACAUUGGUAAUCAGCUCACCAUGGAUCAUGACUCUAAGUGAUACCUUUGUCUCAUACCACUUGACUGGAUCAACCCAGUAGUGGUAUAUGAGUCUUGGGCAGGACAAGCACAUCGUUGACUGGAAGUAUUUUGCCGGCCUUGUCAAUGAGUGCUUCGGGCCACCUUCUCGUAGCAAUCCUUUGGAGGAAUUGGCUUCCCUGCGCAAAACAGGUACCAUCGAUGACUACACCGAGCUGCGGGCAACUACAAGAGGUGCAGCUAGUUAACAUAUACACUGUAGGAUUGAUAGAGCCCUAAAGACUAACAUCGAGUUGCUUAACCCUCAUGAUAUGUAGGCCGUCAUGAGUUUGGCACAGGCUUAUGAGCAUUGUGCUAAUGUGGUGGUGGAUUUGGCUCGUCAUGGAGGUGCCAACACUGUUUCAUGUACUUCUCCGCCUGCUUGGAUGAUGUGACCAGCCCGCCUGCUAGGAUGUUCUAGCAUCAGAUGGUUGAAGAGAUGGCGGAAAGGCAUCACUUGAACCUCUGCUUUAACUGCACUGAGCAAUGCUUUAACUGCAAUGAGCAGUAUAGUAGAGGGCACAAGUGCAAACACCUCUUUGCCAUUAAAGUGAUCAACAAUGACGACGAGAACUAAGCCUCCUUGGUGAUGCUGAUUGGCGACCAGGAGGGUUGCCUCCCUUGCUGGAGUACUAUGAGCCUGUUGGGGAUGCUUUUUGGAGAAGGAUCUUGCAUCCUCGUCAACACUAGCACCACACACAACAUGAUUGAUGCAGCCUCAGGAAGACGUGCAUGCUUGGCAAAGGCUGCAUCAAUCAUCAUGUUCUUGGCACCAGUGUCGACAUGGAUGCGGACUCCUUCUCCAGAAAGCAUCCCUAGCAGGCGCAUAGAAUGUCAACCCCAAUCAGCAUCAUCAGGGAGGCGUCGUUGUCGUUGAUCACUUCAAUAGCAAAGAGGUGUUUGCACUUGUGCCCUCUACUGAACUGCUCAUUGUAGUUAAAGCACAGGUUCAAGUGACGCCUCUGCCAUCUCUUUAGCUGUCAGACGCUUGAACCACCAAAGCUCUUUAGCCGUCAAACGCUUGAACCACCAGAGCAGGCCAGCUGGUUCGAGCCGUUGCAGCACCCCCAGAUGGACGUCCUCGUCGAGCACGGAGGAAAAAUACGGGCAACAGUGUAAUUGUCAACAAUCCUUGUUUUGCGCGCAAGGAAGCCAAUUCCCCAAAAGGAUUGCUAUGAGAAGGGGUGCCAAAGCAGUCGAUGAUGUUCUUGUCAUGCACAAGACGCAUAUACCAUUGUUGGGCCGAUCCAGUCAAGUGGUAUGAGGCGUACCAUACCUUCUUGCCGUCGGGGAUGCAUUGUCCUUGAAAGAACUGGUCACACCUUUAAUCUAGGGGGGCGGGUCUUCCUUGCCGUUGUAGUUGAGGAAGGAGAGCUUGUGGUAGCGUGGAACGCUGAGGCUAUUGGCGGACAGAGUUGGAGUAGCGACGACAACAUCGGUCGCCAGAGUAGAGGAGGAAUCCAAUAUAGAUGAGUCGAAGAACGGCGAGACGGUGCGAUUUGCCUAGUUGACGAUCUCCGAGGUGAUGGAAUCGUUGCUGGCCAAAAUCGACGACUCGCCCAUGAAGGCGUGGCGUGCGGCCAAGGAAGCCGCGAUGGCUUGGCGAUGCUUGUUGUCUACCGCCGCAAAACAACUCUCUUGCUGGGUCAUGCGUUUGUUCAGGUUUGACUAGUUGAUCCACCUUGUUUGCGAUGGUCGACAAAAAGGCGUUGAAGUGAUUCCAAAUCUCUAGCAUGUUGGGAACUUCGUAAGGAGAAGUGAUUAAAGUGGAUGGGGGUGCCUGAUCCUGUUUGGAGGAGAGGAUUGCAGAGGUUUUAGCCAAAGUGGGUGAGUGGACGAGGUGGCGGGAGAGGUCACCAGCGAGGAGGAUGGCAUUGGCGUGCACGGGUGGUGGAGGCGGGUGUGGCCAGGGGAGGAGAGAACCUCGUUUCCAUGCUUAAUCCAAAAGAGUACAUCGCCCACAUGAAGGGAAAGGGUGCAGCUGCACCUCCCUUUACCCCUCGGCCCUAGGGCGCCAUUGGUAGUGCGGCAGCUGCCCUAACCCUAGCAGCUGCCUCCUCUGGAUCAGACCGACCCAGCUGGCCCAUGACACUAUAAGUAUAUACUUUGAAUAUGAAUGAACAGCAAGAGACUACACUAAUAGGGGCGCUGGAGUGAUCUUGUGUUUUUUCUUAAUAAGUGGGCACGCCCACAUGAAGGGAAAGGGUGCAGCUGCACCUCCCUUUACCCCUCGGCCCUAGGGCGCCAUUGGUAGUGCGGCAGCUGCCCUAACCCUAGCAGCUGCCUCCUCUGGAUCAGACCGACCCAGCUGGCCCAUGACACUAUAAGUAUAUACUUUGAAUAUGAAUGAACAGCAAGAGACUACACUAAUAGGGGCGCUGGAGUGAUCUUGUGUUUUUUCUUAAUAAGUGGGCACAAGUCUAAAACAUUAAAUAGUAAUGAACGUCAGGAGUACCGGUUUUUACUACAAAGCCUGAGAUCUUGGGAUGGAUUUACCUGUAAAAUACUUAUAUGCAUGUGACAAGAAAAGCGUAGUUUUGCGAUAGUUUUUCCAACUUAGUGUAAUUUUGUUAAAUUUACUCUAAAAGUUCAGCAUUGUUUAACUAUAUGCUCUAUGGGGAUUAGCCCUGAUUAUUGCCAAUUGAGUAUAAUGUUGCAUCUCAUCAAAAUUCUAAUCUGUCUCUAUGUUAAAUCUGCAGAUAUAAUUUUUUUCAUAUGGUGACAUUAAAGUGUUUUAUGGCUUUUAAAUAUUCUGAUUGCAAUAGAUGAACAAUUUGGUAGAAUAUGUAAUACGACAAGAAUGAUCAAACGAAUUUACCUUGUGAAGGCAGAUAACAUUAGUCAUAACUCAUGAGUCACGACCCUCGUUUCAUGUGUGGCCAUUCGUCCUCAGCCAUACAUAUUUGUGUUGGACUGUUAUCUCCACUCUGCUGUGGCUAGUUUUACACUGAAUAUCAAUUGCGUCAAUCAGCUUGGCAUCAACAUGGAAGUCAGGCCGGAUGCAGUAUGUGUCUCAUAUGACUGUUAACCAGAGUUGCGUCAUGAGUAAGUUCUGCCUCAAUGCCAGUCUUUGACAAUUCUUGCUUUCCCCCCUCUUUCCAGGCUUAAAACUGGAGUUGGGAAUCCACUUGCGACGAACUUCAGUAUCUUCCAGCAUGCGCAGAGCCUUUGAG